CGGGCACUGAUUUGCGGUGAGUAAUGUAAUGUGAUCCGUCUGUGCGCCGGGGAGGCUCUCGCUCUUCAGCAGUUUAAAGCCGCGGAGGAGUUGUCCUCUCCACUUAGUGCCGCUCCCAGCUCUGUCCAGCGAAGACAUGGACUCACACCUUCUGAACUUUCCUCUACUUCUGCUUCCUCUCUGUCUUCUCUUCGGACCCUCCGCCUCCUGUCCGAGCCGCUGCCUGUGCUUCCGAACUACAAUCCGAUGCAUGCACUUGAUGCUGGACCACAUCCCCAAGGUGCCACCGCAGACGACAAUCUUAGAUCUGAGAUUCAACAGAAUAAGAGAAAUAGCACCAGGAUCAUUUAAGAAACUAAAGAACUUGAACACAUUAUUACUGAAUAAUAAUCAGAUUAAAAGAAUUCCAAGAAAAGCAUUUGAUGACUUGGAAAGCCUGAAAUAUUUAUAUUUGUAUAAAAAUGAAAUUCAAGCAAUAGAUAAGCAGGCAUUUAAAGGCCUCGUGUCACUGGAACAGCUAUAUAUUCAUUUCAACCACAUAGAAACUGUAGAUCCAGAAACAUUUAGUGACCUGCCCAAGCUAGAAAGAUUAUUUCUUCAUAAUAAUAAACUCUCUAGGAUUCCAUCUGGCAGCUUUGAUCACCUGGAUUCCAUAAAAAGGCUACGCCUGGACUCUAAUGGACUGAUCUGUGACUGUGAAUUAAUUUGGCUGGCUGAACUUAUGACAGAAUAUGCUAAGAAUGGCAACACACAGGCAGCUGCUACCUGUGAACAUCCCAAGAGACUACAGGGCAGGUCGGUUGCCACUGUAACAAAGGAAGAGUUCAAUUGCAAAAAACCUCGUAUCACUUCAGAGCCUCAGGAUGCAGAUGUUACAUUUGGAAAUACAGUGUACUUCACAUGCAAAGCUGAGGGCAAUCCUAAACCAGAAAUAACCUGGCUUCAUAAUAACAAUGAAAUUGACAUGAGAGAUGACAUCCGAUUCAACUUACUGGAAGAUGGGACACUAAUGAUCCAAAAUAUCAGGGAGUCUGAUGGGGGCACUUACCAGUGUAUGGCCAGAAAUGUGGCAGGUGAGACCAAAACACAGGAGGUCUUACUGAGAUAUUCUGGAACACCAACUAAGCCCAGCUUUGUGAUCCAACCACAAAACACUGAAGUUCUGCUUGGUUCCAGCAUUACUCUGGAAUGUAGUGCUACUGGACACCCUCAGCCAAAAAUCACUUGGACAAAGGAAAAUGAGAAUUUUCUUUCCAAUACCUCACAGUAUAUUAUCACUGCUUCAGGUGGGCUCUUCAUUCAGAAUGUUACUUUGGAUGACCAGGGGCAGUUUACUUGCCAUGCCAGUAAUGAUCAGGACUCCAUUCAAGCAACAGCACACCUCCUCAUUCAAGCCCCUCCUAGGUUUACUGUGGCUCCCACAGAUCAACUUGUUGUGGAAGGUCAGACGGUUGACUUUGAAUGUGCUGCUGUAGGAAACCCAAAUCCUGUAAUUGCCUGGACCAAAGCAGGUGGUCGUCUUCCCAAUGACAGAAGACACACAAUGUUAUCAUCAGGUACUCUGAGAAUUCUUCAUGUCGCUCUACAUGACCAGGGCCAAUAUGAAUGUCAAGCUGUAAGUGUAGUUGGAGUGAGAAGACUCUCAGUGCAUUUAUCAGUUCAGACCAAAGUUUUACCACAGUUUACAAAUGAACCUCAGGAUGUUGUGUCUGAAGUUGGCCAAGAUGUGCAGAUACCAUGCAGUGCUCAAGGGGAACCUCAUCCUGUUAUUACAUGGAUGAAGGAGGGUGUUCAAAUUACAGAAAGUGGAAAAUUCCAGCUGAGCCCGGAAGGAUCUUUAACCAUCCAGGAUGUUGGUCAAGCAGAUGGAGGCAAAUAUGAAUGUGUGGCUCGAAAUGCUAUUGGUCAGUCAGUGUCAGCUAUGGUUCUUAAAGUUAUUGUUCCAGAUGGAAGGAGAGUAGGAGACACAUUUGUUGAGCCAUCGCUUCAUGACGCAACAAAAAUGGUUGACAGUGCAAUCAAUUCUACCCAAAGAGACUUAUUUAACAAACGUCCUCGGACACCAAAUGACCUGCUUGCUUUGUUUCGCUACCCCCGGGAUCCCUUCACCAUUGAGACAGCGAGGGCAGGAGAGAUCUUUGAACAAACCCUCCAUUUGAUCCAAGAACACGUUAAACAAGGAUUAACAGUCGAUUUCAAUGACACAGAAUUUCGCUACAAUGAUCUGGUCUCCCCCCACUAUCUAGACCUCAUUGCAAACCUCUCUGGGUGUACAGCCCAUCGACGUGCGCCAAAUUGCUCUGAUAUUUGUUUCCAUCAGAAGUACAGAACCCAUGAUGGCACAUGUAACAAUCUUCAGCAUCCCAUGUGGGGCUCUUCUCUUACUGCUUUUGAACGAAUCCUGAAACCUGUGUAUGAAAAUGGUUUCAGUCUGCCUAGAGGAGUAAACCAUGACACUGUGUACAAUGGGCAUCACUUACCAAUGCCACGAAUGAUCUCUACAGUAAUGAUUGGCACAGAGACAAUUACACCAGAUGACCGUUUUACACAUAUGUUAAUGCAGUGGGGGCAGUUUUUGGACCAUGAUCUUGAUCAAACUGUUGCCGCUCUAAGUAUGUCCAGGUUUUCAGAUGGCCAGCCAUGUAGCACUUUAUGUACCAAUGAUCCUCCUUGUUUUCCAAUCAUGAUCCCUGAAAAUGAUCCUCGUGUAAGGAAAUCCAAAUGCAUGUUUUUUGUUCGUUCCAGUCCUGUCUGUGGCAGUGGAAUGACCUCUGUCCUUAUGAACUCUGUGUACGCCAGAGAACAAAUUAACCACUUGACCUCCUAUAUUGAUGCAUCAAAUGUUUAUGGGAGCAGUGUACAUGAAUCACAACAGUUGCGUGACUUCUCAAAUCAAAAUGGCUUCCUAAAGCAGGGCUUGAAAGUAGAGCACUCUGGAAAACAUUUGUUGCCCUUUGCCACUGGACCACCAACUGAAUGCAUGAGAGAUGAAAACGAAAGCCCUAUCCCUUGUUUCUUAGCUGGGGAUCACAGAGCUAAUGAACAGCUAGGCUUAACUGCUAUGCAUACAUUAUGGCUGAGAGAGCACAACCAUAUUGCAUCUGAACUCUUAAAACUCAAUCCCCACUGGGAUGGGGAAAUGGUUUAUCAUGAAGCUAGAAAGAUCGUGGGAGCCCAAAUGCAACAUAUAACUUACCAGCACUGGCUACCGAAAAUCAUUGGGGAGGAAGGUAUGAGACUCAUGGGAGAAUACAAAUCGUACAACCCAAAUGUGAAUGGAGGAAUUCUGAAUGCAUUUGCUACUGCUGCUUUUAGAUUUGGCCACACAUUGAUAAACCCGAUUCUUUAUCGCUUAAAUGAAACGUUUCAUGAAAUAUCACAGGGUCACCUACCUUUGCACAAGGCUUUUUUUUCACCUUUUCGGAUUGUUCAGGAAGGUGGUAUUGAUCCACUACUACGUGGCCUUUUUGGGGUUGCUGGAAAAAUGCGAAAUCCUUCUCAGCUUCUGAAUUUAGAAUUGACAGAAAGGCUUUUUUCCAUGGCCCAUUCUGUAGCACUAGACUUGGCAGCCAUGAACAUCCAGAGGGGUCGUGAUCAUGGUAUCCCAUCUUAUAAGGACUACCGAGUCUUCUGCAAUCUCUCUGCUGUACAGACAUUUGAAGACUUAAAGAAUGAAAUUAAAAGCCCUGACAUUAGAGAAAAGUUGAAACAACUAUAUGGCACGCCACUGAAUAUUGACCUUUGGCCUGCAAUAAUGGUUGAAGAUAUCAUUCCUGGAACAAGAGUGGGUCCAACUCUUAUGUGCCUGUUUAUUACACAGUUUCAGCGCCUACGAGAUGGAGACAGGUUCUGGUAUGAAAACCCUGGAGUGUUUUCCCCUGCGCAGCUCACACAGCUUAAACAGGCUUCCCUGGCUCGCGUUCUUUGUGACAAUGGAGAUAAUAUCAAACAGGUCCAGCCAGAUGUCUUUCUAAAAGCAGAAUACCCUCAAGGGUAUGUGAACUGUGAAGAGAUCCCUAGGAUUGAUCUAAGAAUGUGGCAGGACUGUUGUGAUGACUGCAAGACUCGGGGACAAUUCAAUGCACUUUCCCAGCACUUCCACAGUAAACGCUCAGUAGAUUUCAGUUUUUACACAGUACAACAAGAGAGAGAAAAAAUGGAUAUAGAAAACACUAAAAUGUUAAAAAAGAAUGUGAAAAUAAGGAACAAUCUUACUAAUUAUGUCACAGAAAACCAGUUUGAUUCAGCUGGAAAUUUCUAUAGCUUUGUAAGUGAAGUUGAAAAGACUAUUUCAUCCUUAAGGAAAAAGAUAAAUCAGCUUGAGUCCAUGGUGUUGAAAAAGGGCUGUUUUGAUGAAAAUGGAGUAAACAAGGAGGAAGGUGAACAAUGGAAAAGAGAAUUAUGUAGUCACUGCCUCUGUAAGAAUGGCCAGAUUACAUGUUAUGUGGAAACCUGUCCUCCUACAAAAUGCCUCAAACAAGCCAAACCAACAGAUCAGUGUUGCCCUGUUUGCAGAGAAGAUAUCAGUGAAGGAUCUCCUUCAGCCAUCGAGUUGUAAGGCAGCUGUUUUGCCUCAACAUGCAUUGUCUACUGAUGUUCACAAGACACUUUAAAUGGUUUAAUAGUAACGAAUUCAAUCUUUCACCUCUCUUCUGGUUUAACUGCCAUUUUUUGGAAUCAUCCAGGUUGCAGAGUUGUUCCCCAAAUCUUUGAGGUUGAUAAACUUUUUAUUACUGGCUGCCAAGCUCCUGUAGCUACCUUUUAUAACACACAACAGGGACAGUGACUUUAUUCUGAAUUUGGGUCACAAAAGUAAUAAAUUCAAUACCAAAUGCAACAUUGAAAUCCAGAUGCACAUUUAAAACUGCACUAUUAUCUCGGUUCUUAUACAAAUAUGUAUUUUUUUACUUUUAAUGGAGUGCUUGAUGAGAACUCUGACAUCUUUUGAAUAGUUGUAAUUUUCUUUUCUUUAUAUGUCAAUGUAUUUUUUCGUGUCUAUAAAAAUCAUUAUAUUUCCAGAAUGCAGGAUUAUAAACAUUUAUAAGCACUCAGGAUUUAAGUAUCUAUUUUAUUACAUAAAAAUGGGAACAGAAACGACUUUGAGAUUGUUUGUAUAAUAUUUUUUUCAAUAUGGUGCAAAUGUUUUCUACUGAAAGAUAUUAUAGUGUAUAUUCCAUAAAUGACUUACGCCUCAUGAUUAAAAUGAACAGCAUAUUAGAAGGUGAGCUGUGAACUCCAUAUAUAACAUAGUGAUGCUGGGAAAGUUGCAAACAUACAAAAAUCGGUUUGUUUUUUUUCUCUAAAUGUACGACUCUUAUGGUAACCAUCUUUCCAAAUGGACUUGAAUUCCUUUAAUAUAUGGUACAGAAGCAGACAGAUCACAAUUAUUUCUUAGAGGAACACAAUAUGUCAGUAAUAAAAUUUAAAUGUGCAGAGUUAUGGGUUCUAAGCCAGACAUGGAAUAUGGAAGCAUGCUACCUCCUAGACCAGAUUAAUUCACUGCGAGUCUUUGCAUAGGUUAUUCUAUACUCCACAUUGGAAAUAGGGUAUUUUUUAAAAGGUGACAUUUGUAUCCCUAAUUUCCAGCUAUGUUUUAUUUAAAUUGAGCCCCCCAAGCAUUUGCAAAGUAAAUUGAUGUGGACCAGUUUGUAAACGUUAACACAUGCAAUGCUAUUGAUAAAAAUGACUGCAUUGUCAACUGUAAGUAACUAAUACUGAAAUCAAAAUGCCUUUAUACCAAACAGUUAGCUUUAAAGGUUCUGUGGGUUGAAUAAGUUUAACCAUUAAGAUCAAAAAAGUUCAGAGAUGAGAACAAAUUAUUCAUUCCAUCUACCUCACUCCCCUCUACUUAUACUGAAAAAAAUGGGAUGAAGCACGUCAUUUACUGGUCAUUUGUAUGCUAAUUCGAAAUCAUUCUCAUAAUGCAAGUUUUAAAAUGUAAGAAAAGAAUCAGAAUGGUACAUAAAGACAGUUAACUAAACUAAUUAAACAUCUGCAUAUAAAACAGAUCCAUUUCAGCACUACAGAGCAAUAUCAAAUACAUAAAGUUUCAGUGACUAGGCCCAAGGCAAAGGCUGUUACUCUAAUUAUAGGUUGCAUGCCAUUACUCACAAAAUGAAGUCCAAAACCAAGACAUACUGUAUGGUAACUUAGGUGACAUUCCUGAUAUUUGACAGCCCUAAAAAUUCUAACAAACUUGAGGCACUAGAUUUUUAUUGCAGAAUAGAAUUUCUAUUAAGACAGAAGCCUUAGAAGAUACCACGGGUAUUUGCGGCAAAGAUUUAGGUGUGCUGAAUCCAUUUCUGAAAUUGAAAUUUCUCUACCGCAAACAACUUCCACAAGAUGGUGGAUUUAAUGAAAAACACCAUUUAAAAAGUUGAUUUUUUUUUUUUAAGUAAGUUACUUAUGCCAUAAGACAAAUGAAUAUUUCAUGUUAAGAAUAUUAUAUUUUGAGCUGCCGAAAUGUCAGUCUUCCCCAUUCUUAAUGUUAGUUGAGAUGGAAAUGACUCAAAUCAAAUAUUUUACGCAAAUUUUUCCUCUUAAUCAAUAUUUUUUCUCUCUUCUUAUGUCUUCAAAGUAGCAAUAAAUUUAUAUUUAGAAUGUUAGAAAGAUACAUUUUCAUUGCCCAAAAAAGCAAAAGUUGUUGUUUAAAUAGUUUUUACAGAAAUAUGCAUGGUCAGGUGGAAGCAUUCAUUGCCUUGACCAGAUAACAGUUGGAUACAAAGCCUUCUUUUACUGAGACAACAAAAGUUCUUGGUUUUA